AACCCUAGCUAAACCCUUCGCGAGUAAAACAAAGUAAUAACCAACAUAGAGGCUUUUAGAGAGUGAUACCGAGACUUACUGGCAAUUUUUCUAAUUUGGACGCCAUGAGAAGAGUCGGUGGAAUAGCUACCCUCAGGCGAGCGGUUUCCAGUGGCGUCGCCACUCAGCAGCACCUUGCACAGGUGGCUCCGUUAAGUACUUGCUCAUCAUCUUCCAAUUCUCCCAAUUUCUCGCGGAGACUUGUUGAUCAAUUUGGGAUAAGUCCCUACGUGUCUCGCGGUGUCGUGGGGACUGUGUUUUUUUCGGUCGCAGCCUCGUCUCUGGCUCAAGAUGUGCACGCCAAGGAGCCACCACGCUCUGGGAAGUUCCUCCCCAAAGAAGUCGUUCUGUACCAGUAUGAAGCGUGUCCCUUCUGCAACAAGGUUAAAGCAUUCUUGGAUUAUAAUAAUAUUCCAUACAAAGUUGUGGAAGUUAAUCCCAUCAGUAAGAAAGAGAUCAAGUGGUCUGAAUACAAGAAGGUGCCGAUACUGACAGUUGAUGGUGAACAGUUGGUUGAUUCUUCAGAGAUAAUUGAUAAUUUGUUCCAAAAGAUUCAUCCUGAUAGCUCAGCUUCUAGUGAUGAUGAAGAGAAUAAAUGGAGAGGGUGGGUUGACAACCAUUUGGUGCAUGUUUUAUCACCCAAUAUUUAUCGAAGUACUUCUGAAGCCCUUGAAUCGUUUGACUACAUUACCACACACGGAAAUUUCAGUUUCACUGAGAGGUUAGUGGCAAAGUAUGCUGGAGCAGCAGCUAUGUACUUUGUGUCAAAGAAAUUGAAGAAGAGACACAACAUCACUGAUGAACGUGCAGCCUUAUAUGAAGCUGCAGAAACAUGGGUGGAUGCUCUGAAGGGCCGGCAGUAUCUUGGUGGAACAAAACCCAAUUUAGCCGACCUUGCAGUUUUUGGUGUUCUGAGGCCCAUCCGACACCUCAAGUCUGGCAAGGAUAUGGUGGAGCAUACACAAAUUGGCGAAUGGUUCAGCCGAAUGGAGAAUGCUGUGGGAGAGUCUGCAGGAAUCCAGGUAUAAGAGUACUGUUUCUGCCAGCCAAGGUAAGAAUAAAGUAACUUUGUCAUUAGGGCAGGCAGAACAUGCUGCUAGUUUAAUUUGAGUACACGGAUAAUCAAACACCUUGCUGAAACUCAUGAACAAGAAUUGAUUGUAACUUAGCAAAUAAAUAAUUCCAUCUUGUUUAUAGAUCUGGACACCAUAUUUGAAUGCUAUCUUGAAACAUUUUGCUGCAGUCCAUUAAUCAAAGGCAACAUUAUGC